CAUUAAAUAGAAUAAUUCGAUGGGAGGGGCUCAUUCGGAUCAAGAGUGCAAAAAUUAAAUUUAACAAUGCCAAAAGAGAGGAGGAAGAGUCAAAAGGAGAUAUACCAGGGGAACCAGUCCACCCUCUCAUUCUACCUCUACAUAUCAAUAAUAGCAACAGGUAUUCAGUUUAGUUAUGUAGUUAUAUUAACACUGUGGUCUGGUACCAUCUCGUGGCUGUCACUGUUUUGGUUGCUGUUUGCAAUCGCUAAUCAUGGGUGUGGUCAGAAGAUGCUUCGUUACAUCAGUAGAGCAGAAUUUGGUGAAAAAAAUGAAUUAGUAGAUGCUGGUUCUGAUCUUGAAGACAGCUGGAUAUCAGAGUAUUCUAAGGAUGUCAUACUAUUUGUUUCUAUUAUACAAAUUCUCACAAUCAUCAGUAAUUACGUUUGGCUCUUGUGGCUCAUCAUACCUGGUUUUGCUUUCUACAAGUUGUGGAUAUUUAUAAUAUGGCCUUGGUUCACUGCCGGGUCUGAGCCGAUUGGUGAGAGCAAAAAGUCAAAGAAAAUGAAAGCCAAAAUGACCAAGAUUAGAUAGACAGAAUAAUGACCUUUAUAUUUCCAUCACAUGAUAGUUUAAUUUAUUCAAAUUACGACAAAUAAUUUGAAGAAAGAGACAAAGAA